AUGUUGUUGAUGGGAGUGGACGAAAGGAAGGACUGUGGGUCAACAUGGAUUCAGGUCGAGGAGGUGCCGUGGGAGGGACCCGAGAAAGCGGCCACAUCCUCUUCCUUCUGGAGGGUGUGUGUGUGUGGAGGGAAAGAGAGAGAGAGAGGAGAGAGCAUUGCUCCGGGGGUGUCAUACUGCACACCCCUCUGCUACCCAAAUGUGCACGUUGACAAAGAGAUGGGGGCAGCCCCCAAAUGGCCAAUCCCGAUCAAAAACAGCCGCAAAACUAACCAUGUAAAGGGGGUGUGGUCUAAUCUUUACACCGCUACCCGAUACGGCGCGUCUGCAUACGAGAAGAUGGAGAGGGAACGCAAGGCGGCUAUGAACAUGGGAAGGGGCCAACAGGACGAGAGCUAA